UGGCAUGUGUUUGUGCAGUGAAGUAUUUGGCCUUCCUCCGCAAGAGGAUGAACACCAACCCUUCCCGUGGACCAUAUCACUUCAGAGCCCCCAGCAGAAUCUUCUGGAGGACAGUAAGAGGUAUGCUCCACAAAACCAAGAGAGGUCAGGCUGCUCUGGACAGGCUGAAGGUUUUUGAUGGGAUCCCACCUCCUUAUGACAAGAGAAAGCGUAUCGUCGUCCCAGCUGCUCUCAAGAUUGUGCGUCUGAAGCCCACACGCAAGUUUGCCCUGCUUGGAAGAUUGGCCCAUGAAGUUGGCUGGAAGUACCAGGCCAUCACCACCACCCUGGAGGAGAAAAGGAAGGAAAAGGCCAAGCUGUGUUAUUCCAAGAAGAAAAUUCAGAUCAAGCUCACCAAGCAGGCAGAAAAGAACGUUGAAAGCAAGAUCGCCAAAUACACUGAUGUUUUUAAACAGUAUGGUGUCCUUGUUUGAGCUGUUCCUGCAGCCAGUUGAAAUAAAUGUUUAUAGAACCUA